AUGGCUUAUUUCCGACUUGGUAAAUGUACUAUUUGCCAUACUCGUUUAAGUACUGACAAUAUUUAUUCUUUGAAGAAUUGCAAUCACACAUACCAUAAAAAGUGUAUUACUCGGUGGAUUGAAGGAGGGUCAGAAACCUGUCCCCGCUGCCGAGCUCAUACUACCUUGGAUGACAUUAAACAAUUUUUUAUCGAAGAAGCGGGUGAUAGUUCGCAGGAAUCUGAUGAUGAAGAUGAGUUUACUGAAGGUACAAGUAAUGUGGUUAUACCAACUCCGGCUGGAAAAAAUACUGUGUUGGAUUUGAAGAACAAAGUUUAUGAGCGUAAAGGUCACACAGUUGGAGAACAACGUUUGGUAAGAGAAAAUAUGGUACACCCAAAAGUACCGCCGAGCUAUAUUGGGGCGCCCUGGUAUGGUUCAAUUCAGCUCGUCGAGGUGCAUCGAAGCAGGCCCGUAGCCAGGAUUUUUUUUCGGGGGGGGGGGGGGGGGGCCAAGGGGGGAAAAUUUUUUCUGCGCCAAAUUUUUGGCGCCGAAGGCGCCUAA